AUGGAGCACCCAGAACUCGUGGAAUCCCCGCGCAAGCGGCAAAAGACCGAAGCUGUUGCCGCGACUGAUGGUGCAGUAGAUGCGCUGCCGACGACCAGCGCCCCGGCCGAGAAUGCCCAGACGUUGAAGGAGCUCGAGGUCGGUAUCACCGAGUUUGUGACGGCCAGCAACGAAGGAUUUUCGGGUAUCCUGAAGAAGAGGUACACCGACUUCUUGGUCAAUGAGAUCUUGCCUUCCGGCGAAGUUCUGCACCUGCGAACCACCACCCCUCCCAACUCCACGAAGCAACCUGUCGAGCAGCCAAAGGAACCAGUACCGGAACCCGAAGAACCCGCCCAAGAGGAAACUCCUACCGAGCUCAAUGUAUCCGAGGAGGAUAAUGCGCUGCUGACCGAAUACCUGGGUGCCGACAAUGCUGUUGCAGCCAUCGAUCUCCAUAAGCGCGCCAUGUCAUCGCCGAAAGGAAGACCCUCGGAGUUCGGCAAGGUCACUGUCUCCGUUUCCGACCGGGAACUGCGCACCAAGAUCCACCAGACUCUCCGUCGUGUCUUCAAUGCCCAACUCGAGUCCUCCACCGAUGGCGAUGGUAAUCUCGGUAUCACCGCGGCCAACAACCGCUUCAAGCGUAAGCCUUCUGGCGCACGUCUUCGUGGUGGUCGCGCCUCUGACGGUGGUCGCAUGAGCUGGGAUGAGCUUGGUGGCCCAUACCUGCAUUUCACCCUUUACAAGGAAAACAAGGAUACGAUGGAGGUGAUCUCGUUCAUUUCGCGCACAAUGAAGACAAACCCGAAGAGCUUCCAAUUUGCUGGAACCAAGGAUCGACGUGGUGCGACCGCUCAGCGUGCAUGUGUUUUGCGUGCACACGCGGAGCGUCUGGUCAACAUUAACAAGACUCUCCGAAACGCAGUCCUGGGUGACUUCGAGUAUUGCAAGAACGGCCUGGAGCUUGGUGAUCUUGGCGGAAAUGAAUUCGUCAUUACCCUACGUGAAUCCGUGAUUCCCGGUGUUGAUCUGAAAGACCCCCAGGCUACGAUUGCCAAGGCCACUGAACUGAUCGGAACUGCGCUUAAGAACCUCCGCGAGAGAGGAUACUUCAACUACUAUGGUCUCCAACGCUUCGGUUCCUUCACAACCCGCACCGAUACAGUCGGUGUCAAGAUCCUGCAGAACGAUUUCGAGGGAGCUGUCGAGUCUAUCUUGCACUUCCCCCCUCACGUUCUCGCUGCGGCCCAGGAGGGCGAGUCCUCAACAGCACCUAUCAGCUCGGAUGACAAGGCGCGCGCCGAGGCCAUCAACCUUUUCCAGACCACCGGAGGCAUCAAUGAUGCUUUGGCUAAGCUCCCGAGGAAGUUUUCCGCCGAGGCCAAUAUCAUUCGUCACCUUGGUAAAAGUAGAAAGGACUACCUUGGCGCGCUACAGACUAUUCCGCGCAACCUGCGCUUGAUGUACGUUCACGCGUACCAAUCACUGGUCUGGAACUACGCGGUCAGCCAACGCUGGCGCCUUUACGGUGAUCAGGUUGUCGAAGGUGACCUGGUUAUUGUUCAGGAGCACCGUGAUAAAGAAGCCUCGGCUCCCGAGCCUGCCGGCAACAUUGACGCGGAUGGCGAGAUUAUUAUUAGACCUGAAGGCGAUGACAGUGCCGCUGCCGCCGAGGACAUGUUCACACGUGCACGAGCCUUGACGGCCGAAGAGGCGGCAAGCGGCAAGUACAGCAUCUUUGACGUGGUGCUCCCCCAGCCUGGAUUCGAUGUGAUCUACCCCGCCAACAAGAUGAAUGACUUCUACCGUGACUUUAUGGGCAGCGAGAAGGGUGGCCAACUCGAUCCGUUCAACAUGCGCCGCAAGUGGAAGGAUGCCAGUCUCAGCGGAGGUUACCGCAAGAUCCUGAGCCGCAUGGGCGCUGACUACUCCGUUGAGGCGAGACUCUACUCCGAAGACAACGAGCAGUUCGUGCAAACGGAUCUGGAGAAGCUGCGAGGCGCCGUCGAAGAAAAGACAUCAGAGCUCGAGGGCGACAAGCUGGCUGUUGUGCUGAAGUUCCAAUUGGGAUCGAGCCAGUAUGCGACCAUGGCUCUUCGCGAAUUGACUAAGGGCAAGAUCCAGGAGUACAAGCCUGACUUUGGUGGUGGCCGUUAG